AUGGAGAAGACAUCCCUUGGAUAUGGAGUUAUUGGAAAUGGAGUUACUAAUGCAAUAGGUGGAGGAGGACAUGUCACUAGUUGUGUUGCAGUAGCGCAAAAGGGUGAUACUGGAGGAGGGCAAGAGGAUUAUAUAAAAACAUCACUCAGCGCUGCAGGUAUGUAUGUUAAAAAUACUGGUAACGACAACGGCAGUAAUCAUGGUGAAGCCAACGAUAACAGCAACAGGGGCUGCUUCUUCUUCUGUCUUAGUAUUGACAACCGUAUUAAUAACACCAUUAUCGGUGGAAAUCCUCCUGCCAAUAUCACUAGAGGCAACGCCCACACUAGUCAAAUCAAAACGGACAGCAUGAACGACAACAACAUGAGCAUGGAUACAAGAUACAACAUCAGCAACGAAAAUAAAAUGGGUGUGGGAAUCCACGCCAAUAAUUGUGGAAGAUGA